GAGGAGGAGAAGGAGGAGGGGGAGCAGAGGGAGGUGUUUCUGUCAGUUCCGGCUGUUUGUUCGGGAAGUGAAUCCGCCGCUGCCGGAGCAGCCCGGAGGGAGCUGCGGUUCGGGAGGCCAGUACCGACCCCGCCCGCCUGCGCGCACCGCCCCCGCCCGCCAUGGCCCGGGACUACGACCACCUCUUCAAGCUGCUCAUCAUCGGCGACAGCGGUGUGGGCAAGAGCAGUUUACUGUUACGAUUCGCAGACAACACUUUCUCAGGCAGCUACAUCACGACGAUCGGAGUGGAUUUCAAGAUUCGGACUGUGGAGAUCAACGGGGAGAAGGUGAAGCUCCAGAUCUGGGACACAGCUGGGCAGGAGCGCUUCCGCACCAUCACCUCCACGUAUUACCGUGGGACCCACGGGGUUAUUGUGGUAUAUGAUGUCACCAGUGCAGAGUCCUUUGUCAAUGUCAAGCGGUGGCUUCAUGAAAUCAACCAGAACUGUGAUGAUGUAUGCCGAAUACUAGUGGGCAAUAAGAAUGAUGACCCUGAGCGCAAGGUGGUGGAGACAGAAGAUGCCUACAAAUUCGCCGGGCAGAUGGGGAUCCAGCUGUUUGAGACCAGUGCCAAGGAGAAUGUCAACGUGGAAGAGAUGUUCAACUGCAUCACAGAGCUGGUUCUUCGAGCAAAGAAAGACAACUUGGCGAAGCAACAGCAGCAGCAACAGAAUGACGUGGUGAAGCUCACGAAGAACAGUAAACGAAAGAAACGCUGCUGCUAAUGCCCCAGUCCACUGCAGAGACUGCACUGUGGUCCCUCCCCCAGCCCGAGGCCCGCGGGGGUCCUCGGGGGACAGUCUCAGUUUUGUGCCGUUAUUUAAAGAAUUCUCUCCAUGUUUUUGUAUUGGGAGGCGCCAUCGGCACUUCCUCCCCCAUCCCCCCAGUGCCAAGAAGCUGCUGGAGGAGCCUGCCCUUCCCCACUGGUGCCCUCCUCCCUGCCGAGGCGCCUGGACCUGGCGAGGAUGCUGCCAGCGGAGCGGACUGAUUAACCAGUUUGUACAUAGUGUAUAUUGCUUUAACCAGCUGCACACCCUCAUCCUGCUCUGGCUUUUGCCUCCUUAAUGCCAGCCUGCUGCAACAGACCCUCUCCUGGCCCUCCUGUCCCACCUAAUGGCCAGCAGCUUCUGGAGGAGAUGGCACCAUGUUCUAUUCGUCUUGGGCUGGCCUGGGUUGGUGGAGUGGGCUCUGUGUUGCUCAUUCUUUCCUGCAGGCUGACAGCUUCAGUCCCGGCAUACCGGACCUGACCCCUCUCCAGGGCCUCUGCCUGUUCUCCUGCCCCCAUAGUUGCUCUGGGAGCUGGGAAACCUGGCCUUGAGGCAGUCAGUGCCCUCUGAUGUCCCCAGGCCUUUGGUGCCACAGGGGAAGUCAUUCCUACCCUUUGGCCAACAGGUUUCUUGUCCUGCCUCUUAGACACCUCUGCUACAAACCCAGGGGAGCCUCAGCUUCUAACUUACCAACAUGUUUCAGUUCCAACAGAAAGGUAGGGGUGUGUUUGUGCAGAGAUGGGGCUUGCUGGAGGCAAGAGGAGCAUUAUCUUAACAGAUAAAGUGAAGCGAAGCCAAAUCAGAUGAAUUAAGUUCCUCAUCAUUUUCUUACCCUGAGGUUUGAUUGACACAGCAGCAGUUGUGACCCACCCCACUUUGGGUCCAGUAGUUUUAGAAAAAGUGAAUUGCUUCCUGUCAUUGUGGGGCUGGGCCCUUGGUCCUUGGAAUGGAAAGGGAAUUUGCAUCCUUGUCCAUGUUGGCCAUCCAGGGCCUCUUGCUGGAAUUCAAGUCCACAGUGUACCCUGCACACCUCUGAAUGUGAGGGUGGGUACCAGGGCUUCUGGACAGUGGGGUGACACACCUCUGAGAUUGAAUCACUGACAACUAUUUCAGUACAAAGAGUAAGAAGACUUCUUAGUGGGGAAAAGUGGCAGUGGGGCUGGAGACAUCCUGGUUCUGUGCACCCCAGUUCCUUGGAAGAGAAACCAGAAUCGCCUGUGUUUGAUUACUGUUCCCCUCCUUCCCUGGGUACUUCAUUCCCAUUUCCCCUAAAAGGAUCACGCAACCUGGAAAGAAAUUAUUUCAACACCACAAUGUGUUUUAUUAAAUUUCUUUUCCUGGGUGAUUUCUAGGCAAAGCCCUGAUUGGACAAUCACAUCACAGAUCACUGCAGAUUUUCCAUGUUAACACUGUGGAUGGGUUUUUAAUCAAUAAAAAUGGGGUUUCUUCUCACCUGUCUCUCCACUUGUCCAAACUGUCAGAGCCAGGGUCUGACCUAGGCCUUCUCUUUGGAGCCCCUGGGCUUGGAGGCUGUGGACCUGAGGUGGCAGGUGCCCUGGAGGCGCUGCAGGCAACUUGUCUCGUCUGGAGGAGCCAGCAGAAGCAGGUGUCCGUCCUCAGGGCUGUUCUGGCUGGCUGUGGCCCGUGAGGUUGCACACAGCCCUUGGCUCCUGUAGUGGUAGGGUCGUACUUGUGUCUGAGCACUCAGGUGAAGCCAGUGGGAGUGCUUGCAAAUUCAAGCAAUAGGGGGGUUGAUCCUGGGACCUUCCAGCCCAGGCCAGGAGUCUCAUGAUUUCUGGCAACUGGACAUCGAGACCCAGAUGUGUGGGGGGGUGAUGGUGAGGACGGACUGUCUGUCCUGCUGAGUGUUAAUAUGCAUGAAUGGGGGUGGGGGGGUUGCGGGAGGGGAUGACUCUCGGGUAGGCUGACAUCUUGGUGGACCUGAUGUGAAAUUCCUGUCAAACAACUUUUAAAUGGUUUGCUAGGAUUAUUUCUGUAUUGAAAGUUUCUAAUUAUGCUUUUUUAAAAAAUACUAAAAAUAAAGGUUCAAGCUGCCAAAUUU